ACAAAUAUAUCAAUUCUGAUAUUAUAAGCCUUUAUAAAACUUCAUGCAUGGUAUAUCAUACAUUUGCAUUUCCAAAACAAAAAGAACACACAUGGCUAGAAAUGGUGGUGUGACCUACAAACAAAUAACACGUUUCUUCAUUAUUAUUGGAUUUGUUAUUUGUGCUAUCAUUGUUGAAUCGCAUGACAGUAUUCCAAAAUGGUCUUCAGCUCAAUACGAUGGUCUUGAACAUCAGGAAUAUAAGCUGAAAAGUUGUCUUCAAACAUGCAAGAGCCGCUAUAGAAAUAAUCCGGAAGCGAAGGAGGAUUGCAUUAAGAAAUGCAAAGCUAAGUAUGGUCCUCCGGUGGAAAGUUAUAACAGUGGCAUGUAAGAGUUGAAAUUUAAUAAAUCUUUAAUUUCAAUAUACAUAGAAGAAGAUUUGAGCACCUCAUCAAUCAGACCAAAAAAUGAUUCACAUUGCAAUACGGAAUGUUUAAAUACUUUAAUUUGUUAAUUAUAUUUGUUACUUUCU